AUGGAGCCGUGGAAAGACCUGAGCGGGAAAGUAGUGAUGGUGACAGGAGCGUCGUCUGGAAUAGGGCGAGAGUUUUGUCUCGACUUGACCAAAGCUGGUUGCAGGAUCAUUGCUGCUGCUCGUCGUAUUGACAGGCUGAAAUCUCUCUGCAACCACAUUAAUUCAGAGGGUCUCCAGCGAGCAUUCUUCCUCGAGCUUGAUGUCACGUCCAAUGGUGUUAUUAUUGAGGCUGCUGUACAAAGAGCUUGGGAUGCCUUUGGACGUAUCGAUGUCUUGAUUAACAAUGCUGGCCUUAGAGGUAGUGUGAGCUCUUCACUAGAAUUGUCAGCGGAGGAUUGGGAACAUACCUUUAAGACGAAUCUCAGAGGGGCAUGGUUGGUGUCCAAAUAUGUCUGUAGACGCAUGCGCGAUGCUAAACAGGCAGGAGGAUCAGUUAUUAAUAUCUCUUCAGUUUCUGGUCUGAAUCGGGUACUAGUACCCGGGGGUCUUGCUUACGCUUCUUCAAAGGCGGCUCUUGACAUGCUCACUAAGAUGAUGGCACUUGAAUUGGGAGUAUACAAUAUUCGAGUGAACUCAAUAGCACCAGGAAUAUUCAAAUCUGAGAUAACAGAAAGUCUUAUACAAAAGAAAGGGUUCAAUAUUGUUCUUUUGAAAACCGUUCCUCUGAGAGGUAUUGGAACGACAGAUCCGGCUUUAACAUCACUUGUCAGGUACUUAAUCCAUGAUUCAUCAGAAUAUGUAUCCGGCAAUAUUUUCAUUGCUGAUACCGGAGGUACCUUACCAGGUGUCCCGAUUUUCUCAUCACUCUAGAACAAAGCC